AUGGCACCCCAAGACACAUUUAUCGACGAGGAGGAUGAUACAUGCCCGUUAUGUAUCGAAGAGUUCGACCUCUCAGAUCGGAAUUUCCGGCCAUGCCCCUGCGGCUACCAGGUGUGCCAGUUCUGCUUCAACAAUAUCAAGAACAAUAUGAACGGCCUGUGUCCUGCAUGUCGAAGGCCCUACGACGAAAAGACGAUACAGUGGAAGGUCGUCACUACGGAAGAGGUUGCCGAGUUUCGAGCAAACAUCCAGAAGAACCAAAAGAAACGAGCCGUUGAACAAAAACAGAAGGAGGUCCAAAAGCGCGAGGUUGAGAAAGAAAACCGCAAGAACCUCAUCGGCGUCCGGGUCGUUCAGAAGAAUCUGGUUUAUGUGACCGGUCUGACACCCACAGUGCGAGAGGACGAAUUACUGAAAACGCUUCGGAAACCAGAGUUUUUCGGUCAAUACGGCAACAUCCUGAAAAUCUCGAUUAGCAGUCGUAAGAGUCAGGACGGUCAACACCAGUCGCUCGGAAUCUACGUGACUUUCGAGAAGAAGGAAGACGCCCAACGUUGCAUCCAGGCCGUCAACGGCUCGCAGAAUGGCGAUCGUGUUCUCAGAGCCCAGCUCGGUACGACAAAGUACUGUUCGGCCUGGCUACGGCACGAACAGUGCACCAACAGGCAGUGCAUGUUCUUGCAUGAGCUUGGUGACGAGGAAGACAGCUACACUAGACAGGAUUUAUCCUCGAUGAACAGCAUCAGCUCACAAAGGCCCCUCCCAGGAGGCGGCUCUUCCAGCAGCGGUGGCGGCAAUGGCGGCGGACCGUCACGCACAGCUUCUCGACAACAGAAUGCCACACCAACUGCACCCCUCGCCUCUCAACCCAUGGCGCGAUCCUCAAGCAAGGACGGUUCCGAGAAUGGAGGCGACGGACCAGCUCUGCCUGCCUCAGCUAACUGGGCGAGAAAUCCUCAGCGUAGCCGCAGGGGAAGCCACGCCACUAGCGGCGCCGCUUCAAGCCCUGCGAUUUCGACAGCCCUCCCUGUCACCGCCGAGGCAGUUCCCGAGGCCAUCGAUGAGACCCCCUCGAGAAAGGAAACCCCCGCACCCCCGACUGAGAGUAAGGCCUCGAAAGCAACCUCUACAGCUGACAGCAGGAAGUCUAAUAGUCUUCCGGAGAGCCUGCUCAGAGGAUUACUCAAAGCUAUGCAGGGUUGCCCUUUCAGCUACGUUUCACCCGACACGAACCAGAUCGAGACGAUUCACCCUCCCAUGUUCGACACCCGGGGAGGCGAGAAGAGGAGAGCCAUGCGUGAGGAGGAGGAAUCGCGCCUUGGCGUGGACCAGGAGCAACAAAGCGAACCCCAAGAGGCCUCGGAAGGCGAGCCAGAAACUGGAGGUAGUCUGGCGCUAGGUGGCGAGCCUGAAGACCGAGACGUUGCUCGCGAUGCUGUCUUUGAGCAGCGUCGACCCGGUACCCAGCCUCCGAUCCAGCGCAACAACGGCGACGGUCUCUUUGGCCCUGCUCUAGGGUCUGGUUUCGGCCAAGCUUCCGUAUCUGCUAGCUCUGUCGGCGGCAGCCGGUCGAUGACACCUCAACAACAGCUCUUCGUUCGAUCUCAGAGCGGCUUUGGCGAUCACUUGCCCCCAGGCAUACCAACUGCGCAGCCUUCUGCGAUUCAGCAACAAGGUGGCGGCCACAAUAGACAAGGAUCAAGGUUCAGCUUUGCUAAUGACACCGCCGGCACUUCAGCUUCAGUCAAGGUUGCCGCCAACCCUAGAAUCAUGGCACAACAGACGGCCAUGAUGCCUUCCGCUUUCCACUCGCAGCCCGGCAGCCAGUAUUAUGCAUCCUCCAUGCCCGGACCUCCUCCAGGCCUCAAGUCGACAGGGACGCCACCAAACAUGUUUGGACAGGGUCACUCGUUUGGUGGCGCGUUUGGUGCGACUUCCAAGGAUUCCGCCGAGCUUCUUCAGACGUUGAUUCGGGGUCGGGGAACUAAUGGACAGGGUCAUGAUGCUGGUAAGCGUGAGUACAUGUUAUCUUCUUUCUCUAAUCAGUACCCAUCCUCUACCUCCUCCACCCCAGCUCCUGCUUCGGGCCUCCUGGCGUCGCUCUACGGUAACCAGCCUGGAGCAUUCCAAGACUUCGGUCCCAAGCAGAAGAAGAAGGGGAAGAAGCACAGACAUGCUAACACUUCCUCCUCUGGGGGAGGUGGCCUAGUUGAUCUUGCGGACCCGAGUAUCCUGCAAGCGAGAAUGCAACACCAGUCGCAGAGCAACGCCGGAGUCGGACAGGGACUGUUCGGUGGACAGAGCCAAGAUGACGAGCUCUUCUCCGCCGAGGCCACCAAAUCUGUGGACGAACUGGUCGCUGAUGACCCUCUACCGAGCUUUAUUGGUACAAUCGGCGGACUAUCACGACCAGCAGCUCCAACCCCACCGCCUGGUCUCGGCCCUCCGCAGAGAAUCGCAUCGCCUGCUCCGCGACAAGCGCCAAUCCCCGUGGUACCGGUCACGCCACUUACACCUUCGGCUCCCAAACCUGCAGUUGCUACCAUGGCCAAUAUUGUGCGGACAUCCACACCGGACGAGACCUCUCGUAAGAAAGCGGGCGGGACAGAAGCCAAGAAGAACAUAAAAGCCUUGGCUGUUGAGAGUGGGCUAUCGAAGGACAUUGCCUCCCAAGCAUCUCCAUCCAAGGGAAAGUCGGUGUUGCAGGACGAGGAUUUCCCAGCAUUGGGAAAUGUCCAGCGGCCUGCGAGCCCAGCAAAGUCUGCGGCUGCGACUCCAAAGAUCGCGCCGGCGAGCAUCAAGAAGCCCCAACCGGAGGCUGCGACGCCGGCUUCAGGCCCUUCUCCCGUGAUGGCUGUUGAAGCGCCCAAAGCUACCAAGGCCACCGAGAAGAAGCCUGUGCCGGGUAUCUUGAACAUUGCCGCCGCUAUCAACACAGCUCAGCUGAAACAACCAGAGACGACUACUACGGAACAAUCAGACGUCUCGGCCUUCCCAGCCUUGCCAACGCCUACAACUGCCAGUAUAGCAUCGCCUAUUGCGAGAGCAGCACCCAAGACUUUACGAGUUGUACCGACGCCCAAAGCCGAAGUGCCGCCAGCUUUGCCUUCAAGCGCCGCGUUUUCUGCGGCCGCUAGAGCUGUGUCUUCCGCCUCUGGACGUCCUGGGACGCCGGCUAGCGAAAUUAUCAGUGACAGCGCCUCUAUUGUCUCCGCAUCCGUGUCUGCUUCUCGAACCAGCUCGCCACCUCCUACCAGAGUCGGAACUGCACCCGUCCGCAACACUACAAAGAGUCAGCAGCGCAAACAGCGGAAAGAGGCGCACAAGGAGCAGUCGGCUUCCAUUACUGUUGCGCCCAAAGUGGUGGAGACUGAAGAGCAGGCUCCCAUCCUUGGGCGCAAGAAGAAGCAGAAGAAGGAGAAACCGAUCACCGCGGCCCCAUCACCAGUCAAGAAGGCCGUCGAGCGUGUCGCAACCCCGCCCCCUCCGCCAAAGGAGCCCACCCCGCCUCCCAAGCCCAUUGUCGAGAGAACCGUAGUGGAUCUGCCCCCUCCCAAGGGCAAGGCUGCCAAGAACGCCGCCAAGCUCGCAAAGGCAGCGGAGGAGAAGGGCAAGAGUAAAGAGGGGACACCGACAACACCCACGCCCACGCCCACGCCUCCUGCGCCCACAGCCGUUGCUGUGUCCGAGGAGCCUCAAGAUAUUGCAGACAACCCAAACACCAGUCCUGAAGUCGUCUUCCAGCACCUAUUCGAUGCAGGCGAGGUUCCAACCGCGGAAGAACUCGCCAUGCUCAAGCCUUUCCUUGACUCUCACUCUCGCUUUGAUAGGCCUUCUGCUGCAACCCUGGGCAAUAAUCCGCCUCCUUCGGCAACAACUAAGAAUAUGGUGUCUGAGGCGGACCAUGCUGUCCUGCUUACUGGUCAGCCGGUGCACAAGGUAAUGGAAGGUCAGCGUGUACUCAUCACGCCUAACGGGGAUUGUCUGAGAAACCUCAAUGAAGUGGAGGAAGGGAGAUAUCUGGUGCUCCAAAAGUCUGUGGCAGUUGGCAGCGACCAGCCCGACAGUUUCGUUGCGCCCCGCCAUCAGGCCCGUCCAGGUGGCUUCUCUCUGAUUAAGGGCAGAGCGGUGCCCAACGGGCCUCCAUCCUACUUCCCACCGUCCCCUAAUGCACAAAAGAUGUUUUCAGAUGACCCAGUCAAUAAGAUCCAGCGCGAGGAGGCCAUCAGCUACAUCAACCAGUUCGUUCUCCCGCGCCUUAACUUGGGCAACACGAACUUGUUCCCGGGUAGCUGGAAAUCUGCACCUGGUGCUAAGGACGCCCUUUCUGCUCGAGAGACAGCCGCCGCCAGCCUAAACUCUCUCGCUCCGUACAUCUAUGGCCAUGACGCAGCUGCUGGUGCGGGGAUCUACUCUGCCGAGAGUGGGGGCUCAGGCAAGGACAUUCCUGAGGAUGAGACACCGUUUGGAGGCUUGGAUUCGCCACAGCAUCAGCAGGGUAGCGACGACAUUGUUAGCGACGCCUCUCCCUCUACUAUGGCCGCCGCCGCCGCACAGGUUCACGCCCAGCAGAGCAGUGGUGCGCACCCCAAGUUGCCUGGUACGCCACUCAACGCCAUGUCGCUCAUGAGCGUUGAGGACGCCGAGACGGCGCUGGGUCUGGCACGGAGGGAGACAGAGAAGCUUGAGAAGGGUCUGAACCAGGCUAUCAAGCGUAACCGGAGACUUCUCCUCGGCAGCAGAUGA